GAGUGUAUUUUAAGUGCAGGUAAAUCCUUGUAUUACAUCAUAUGUCACGUGAAUUUUACAACCAGAACGUAAACAAGUGUGUGAGUUGUGUUAGUAGGAUGUGCUAUCCUCGAGUAGUUGUAUACCGAUCUCCAUUACCGCCUAUUGAAAUUGACACUGAGUAAAUGUAAUGCCACUAAGGACUGAAACCUUUAAGGAAGCGGAGGAGGAAGCGAAGGACGAGAAGACUGAUUCUCAUACAUAUAUACAGUGUCUGAUUCUGACAAGGAGAUGCUACACAUUCUUGUGUUCUUGCCAUCGAUUGAUGCACGAAUGUAGACACUAAAGUAUAUAUAAGUUUAUUGACAGUGAAACGACGAACAUGAUUCAACAUGGAGGAAAUGGAAAGAGGUUUAAUUGUCAGUCCAACAUCGUGACACAUUUGUUUACUGUGUCUGUAUAGAUGAUAGCUAUUCUUCAGAAUUUGAAUUUCAAACUGACAAUAUGACAUGUACAGUUUGUUGUUUUCUACUCAUGAAAAUUAGUCACGAUGACACGGUGUCGUUUUACUACGCACUUCACCAUGGCAGCUUUAGAAAAGGCUUUAGACAAUUUGUAUGAUGACCUGGUGUCUAGGCUUGAUCCUACGGAGUAUGUUCUGGACUUCCUAUAUGAAAGACACUGCGUCACGGAUCUUGUCUAUGAACGCAUUAAUGAAUUGAAGGACAGAGAAGAACAGUGCAAACAGUUGCUGGAUGUCGUGAAAAGGAAAGAAAACAUUCCUGAAUUUAUAGAGGCGCUGUCACAUGAGAACAGCCACACGAAGCUUGCCAUUAAACUGAAAGGAGAAAUUAAACGGUUAGAAGGAUAUGGAGGACAACAUAACAACGGUGGUGGUGGUGAAGGCCCAGCUAGUAUACAAAUGGAAUGGGAAGUCAGCGCGGAAGGUGUGGUAGAGAUUGACAGUGUCCCGUUAAGAGGAUGUACAGAAAUGGAUGUCACCAUGACGUCUGAGGAGAGGUUCCCCUGUGUUCAGAAGCAUCCUCCAAGAACUAAUAUCAUGACGGGGAAGCAUAUUACCCUCACUAAUAUCAAUUUCAAACUGAGAAUGUUGUCUAGUGACGGAAGCAGUGGUUGUCAUCAGUUUGAUGAGGUUGUGACGAGGAUCAGAUGUUCCUUUGGACAUGACCCGGAUAUAUUGUUCCACAUGCUGGAUGCUGAAACCGCUAGGCGGAGAGUGUUUCAUUUGAAUGAAGUUGACCAAACCGACACACUAGCUCUAAUGUACAACCUGAUCAACAACCUAACACAUCCACUUGCAGGCCUGAUGAUGUUAAAUGCACGGACAGCGUCAGUCCUGGCCAUGCAAGGGUAUCUGAUUCCGGCUUUACAGUUGAUAAGUAUUACCAGGUCCCAAGCAGAGUUGAUCGAACCUUGUAAAGACACUGGCGCAGUUGUGUACACUGAAACAAAUCUGCUUCUUCAGUGGUACGAGAUUCAUCCAUGUGAAACAACAAAACAACGGAUCAUUAACAAUUGCAAUGAGGCCAUUGAUGUCCAUUUUGCUGAUGCAUCAUAUCUCAUCAAAGAGGACUACACUAAAAUGUUCCUAUUGAAAAUGGCAUUUUCCUUUCUUGGGAUAGGUUGUUUCCUUGGAAUAGUACCUUGCCAAGUUAGUUCAGGAGACAUCCAAAAUGCCGAACAGUGCUUGAGACAAGUUGAUACCAAGGGGCUGUACAAUCGGCAUUCAAUGUUUCACUGUUUCGCCAAGGCAGUCAUCAAUUAUCACAGAGAUGACAUCCUGACUGCAUAUAAAUUUGCUGAAGAGGCAAAGUUGAUAGCAGAGACUUGUGAGUUUAAUAAAGAACUAGAAUGUGUGAAAAGGUUUAUGGUCCUCUUGUGUAGCAAGUACAGUGAAUUGACAAUGUCAAGCCUUAAUGGCACACAUGAUAAUAAGAAUGGUGUAGAUGGCUUUGCAAUAAACUUACCGAUAGUUCCACAAAUUCCUCGGUCCGACCCUGGCGCUUGGAAUCUACAGACACACCCGAGGAACAUCACACCUGACAUACAGCAAGAUCUUGUGUUUCUUGAAAUGACGACCAAUUCAAGGAUUUGAACAGAUGCUGAAUGUUCAUGCCGACACUGUCGUACUAAUAUACGAUGAUGAAAUCUUCUUCAGAUUAAUGUUUAAAUUUCAUUUUGUGUGAUCUUUUGUUGCGAAAGUCUUGACUCCCCGAGCAACACAUUUACGUGAAGCCGUCGAGCUAAAUUCUACCAUCAUCAGAUUGUAGUAGCAGAUCUAGUAUAAACGAUUUGUUACAGUUUUAAUUACAAAUUUACAACCACAAAGUUGACAAUAUGCAUGGUUAUCAAUCUGUGCCCCAAUGGGUACUGGUGGCCAUUGCAGCUAUAACCAGGGAAUAAUCGGGUUAUGACCUGACAUCCAGUAUUUCUUUCACUAUACAUGUAUAUACAUUUAUUUAUUAAAGUUAUGUUGAAGACA